UGCGUUGGAGAGACCUGCGCAGGCCCAGUGGGCAAGCGGCGCGGAGGGACCUCCUCGCAUCUCCUUGCCCGGCCAUGCCCCGCCUGCUCUUCUUGGCUGCUGCUGCUGCCUCGGGAAGCCUGGAGGAUGAGCUGAAUCUCCGCGGUUGUUACUCUCCCCGGCGCUAAUUACAGGGUCGGGUGAUUACUUGAAGACACUUGCACUUUAAAAGGAAAGAUGCUGUCUCCAAAUGAUAGGAAGUUAGAAAAGCUGGAUCCGUUUUACCGACCUCCAGUGUCCAAGCAGAAGACCAGUGCAGAGAUUAUAAGUGAAGCACGAAAUGCCUUAAGAACUGUUAGGACCCAAAGACCCUUUACACCACAGGAAGAGCAAAGGAAACUCUUUGGACCUGCAUCUUCCAGGACACCAGAAAGUAGACCUCCAUCCUCCUUCAGCGUCCAUGCAUCCAGUUUUGAGUCCUCUGAUUCCAGGCCCAUCUCUGGCGCACGUCUCAGUCCACUAGAACUUAAACCUAAAGCUCCAGCAUCUCCUGCCACAGAGGAGGAUCCCUGCCCUUCCUUUCCUAAACCCCCAGUGGACCCUGUGAAGAUUAGAAGGAUAAGCAAUGCCCGGGCGCGCUUAUUCAGGGCGGCCUCCCAGGGGGCUCUUCUGCCAGACAGGACCCUUCCUCCUGCUCAGGCAAAGAAGAGAGUGGAACCCAAAGAAACAGUUAUGAUGGGAGACUCCGUGAUGAAAAGAAAUGGGCUUUAUCUAGCCGAAUCUAAUGCCGUUGGCCGGUUAAAGAGUCCUCCACUUCAGCUACCGUAUGUUGCAGACUUCAGUGAAAUCAAGGAGCGAGAAAUGUUCCAAGGGGCAACGUCCACGCCAUCUCAUCUCAGAAGUGGAGGGGACCAGGGCAGGAGGCAUUUGAGAGCCUCCUCAUGCCCCAACAGCUCAGGCUGGAGCAGGCUGGACACCAGAGCAGGAGUAAUACAAGUACAUGAGAGGAUUUGGAAAAUACAGGAGCACACAAGAGAAGCCUCAAAAGCCGAGUUGCAAGAAAAGGAUACAGAAGUAGAAGUAGAUGCUUUUUGGAAUACAAGGAUCGUACCGAUUUUGCAUGCGUUAGAAAAGGAAGAAAACAUUGAAAUGGUUUGUGCUGCUUGCACACAACUUCAUCUCGCCUUAGAGGAAGGAAACAUGCUGGGAAAUAAAUUUAAGAGAAGAAGCAUUCUCCUGAAGACCUUGUAUAAACUAGUCGAUGUUGGUUCAGACUUGCUGAGCCUUAAACUUGCAAAAAUUAUUCUGGCACUUAAAGUAAGUGGAAAAAAUCUUCUUAAUGUCUGUAAACUUAUAUUUAAAAUUAGCAGAAGUGAGAAGAAUGAUUCUCUGAUUCAAAAUGACAGCAUUCUGGAAUCAUUAUUGGAGGUCCUGAGAAGUGAAGACCUGCAAGCGAACACUGAAGCUUUUUUAUACUGCCUGGGGACAAUCAAAUUCAUUUCUGGAAAUCCAGGAUUUCUUCAUGAAAUGAUCAGCAAAGGUGCUGUGGAAAUAUUGAUGAAUUUGAUAAAGCAAAUAAAUGAGAACACCAAGAAAUCUGGCACAUGUUUGCCUAAUUCAGGCCACUUGUUAGUCCAAGUAACUGCUACACUGAGAAACUUGGUUGAUUCACCACUAGCAAGAAGUAAGUUUUUAAGCAUCAGUGCCCUUCCCCAGCUCUGCACAGUGAUGGGACAGUAUAUGGGUGACAAGGAUGUCUGCACCAAUAUUGCCAGGAUAUUCAGCAAACUUACUAUUUACCAUGACUGCUGUGUAGCCUUGGCCAACUAUUCCAGAUGUUAUGCCUUGUUUUUGAAUCUGAUAAACAAAUACCAGAAGAAGCAGGAUUUAAUCGUUCGCAUCGUUUUUAUUCUCGGCAACCUGACAGCAAAAAAUAACCCGGCCCGGGAGCAGUUUUCCAAAGUGAAAGGGAGCAUCCCAACACUGCUGUCUCUAUUCCAUACGUUCCACGAACUGGAUCUGCGUUCCAGGAAGCCCAUGGGGGAAGGAGAGGAGCGGAGCAAGGCGCCCAGGCGGCCGGCCCAGGCGGAGGACGUGCUCAUCAAGCUGACCCGCGUGUUCGCCAACCUGGCCAUUCAUCCGGGCGUGGGCCCGGCCAUCGCUGCCCAGCCGCGCAUCGUGGGGCUCCUUCUCGCCACGCUGGAAUACAAAUCGAUUGAUGAGUGUGAGGAGCUGGUGAUCAAUACCAUGGCAACGAUCAACAACUUAUCUUACUACCAAGUGAAGAAUUCUGUAAUUCAAGACAAAAAGCUAUAUAUUGCUGAAUUGCUUAUCAAGCUCCUUGUGAGUAACAACAUGGAUGGGAUCCUGGAGGCUGUGCGCGUUUUUGGAAAUCUCUCCCAGGACCGUGACAUCUGCGAUUUCAUUGUGCAGAAAAACGUUCACAAGUUCAUGAUCGCACUGCUGGACGCUAAGCACCAGGAUAUUUGCUUUUCUGCCUGUGGUGUUCUCCUAAAUCUCACUGUGGAUAAAGACAAGCGUGCCAUCCUAAAAGAAGGAGGUGGCAUUCAAAAGUUAGUGGAUUGUUUAAGGGAUGUUGGUCCUACUGACUGGCAGCUGGCCUGCCUGGUGUGCAAAACUUUGUGGAACUUCAGUGAAAAUAUCACCAAUGCUUCGUCCUGUUUUGGAGAUGAAGCCACCAACACACUUUUAGCUCUGCUGUCAUCAUUUUUAGAUGAAGAAUUAGCCCUGGAUGGGAGUUUUGAUCAAGACCUAAAACACUAUCACAAACUCCAUUGGGAAACAGAAUUCAAACCAGUGGCACAGCAGCUCCUAAACCGAAUUCAGAGUCAUCACACCUUCCUGGAGCCCCUGCCCAUUCCUUCUUUCUAACAUGAUGCAGAUUAACAACAGAAACAGGAAGUCAGGUCUCCUUCAUUCUUAAGAAGUGGUAACAAACAUGAACAUUUCUUUCAGUAUUAACAAAUAUUGAAAGUUUUUCAGGUACUGACGUUAGUGAGUAGUUGUAGUGUUUUAAAAGAAAUAAGCAUUUCUUGUUAGGUAUUAUGGAAAAAUGAGUAUACGUGUACUUUCCACUAUAAGAGAUGUAAGAUGAAAAUAUAUACGUGGUUUUCUAA